AUGGCAGAAGGAUUUUCUAGGCCAACACGACUCUCGUUUGAAGGCAACGUUGCUGAGAAUUUGCGUUGCUUCAAACAGAACUAUGAAAUAUACAUUGUUGCUGCAGGACAUAGUCGGAAAUCAAAGAAAGAAAAGUCAUGCAUCCUCUUAAAUCUAAUGAGCUUAGAAAUAGAAGCAGAAGUUAGAAAGUGUGAUAUCUGCAAUGCCCAUAAGAGUCAUCAACAAAAGGAGCCUCUACAAUCACAUACUGUACCACAUCGACCAUGGAGUAAAGUUGGAGCAGAUCUGUUUGAAUUGAAUGGUAGAAGCUAUCUUCUUAUGGUAGAUUACUACAGUGGAUUCUUUGAAAUUGAUUACUUGUUAAAUACAACAUCAAAGACAAUUAUCACAAAGAUGAAAUCUCAAAUUGCGAGAUACGGAAUUUUCGAAGAUCUUAUAACAGAUAAUGGUCCACAAUUCAGGAGUAAAGAAUUUCGUGCAUUCUCGUUACAGUAUGGAUUUAAACAUACAACAAGUUCACCUGGAUAUCCAAAACGUAACGGCAUGUCAGAACGUGCUGUGCAGACAGCAAAAGCAAUCAUAAAGAAAGCAAAAUAUGAUAACACCGAUCCUUAUUUAGGACUCUUUAAUUAUAGAAAUACACCUAGAGAUGAAAUUGUUGGCAGUCCAGCUCAACGACUAAUGGGACGAAGAACUAGGACAUUACUACCAAUAUCAGAGAAGUUACUUGAAUUUCAACCAUUAAACCCUGUUAAUGUUCAAGAAAAAUUGAAAAUGUAUCACGAGAAACAAAAAGAGUUUUAUGAUCGCAAUGCAAAAACACUUCCACCAUUAAAAGAAGGAGAUAAGGUACGUAUAAAAACAGAAAAAGGCUUCCAAAAGGAAGGAAUCGUGGAAAAAUCGUUACUUGAGCCAAGAUCGUAUUUGGUUACGUCUGAUGGUACCUACUAUAGAAGGAAUAGAAAUCAUUUAUUAAAGAUUAAUGAAGAAUCGACAAGUCAAAAUACAGAUAAGUCUUAUAGUGAGAACAAUAGAUCUUAUAAAAAUUCUAAUGAAAGUACUAACAACAGUAAUAUAAGAGCUCGGUAUGGACGUCUAAUCAAAAAACCUAAUAGAUAUUCUUAUUAG